GUUCCAUGGAGGCGGGCUGCGGUGUAGGAUUGGGGGAAAAACGGAAAGGAAGGACCUGCAACUCUUUGCCACGUGCUUCCUACAAACAAUGUGUCCGAGGAGCGCGCGCACGGCGGCGCGUCCACGCGAGUGCUGAUGCGCGGCUUCGUCGCGCCGCUGCUGGCACCGCUGGGCGCGCUCCUGCUUUCGGUCGCGGGCGCGCUUCCGCCGAGGCCCCAGCGCGCUCCCGGCGCUCUGCGACGAUGCGAGGACGACGCGGGAAUUCCGCGGCGCGCGUGGUGGCGCUCCGCUGGCCGCGAGGAGGCGCGCGAGGCACGCGAGGCACGCGACGCCGCCAGCACCAGAUCAUCGCGGCCUCGCGAAGUCGACCUCCUCCUUCCCGGGCCCCGGGUUGGAGCCGUUAGGCGGGAGUCAGAUCAACAUCGUCACUUCCAGGAAUGCUCCACGGAAAGGCAGAAUGCUGUUCCAGGGUGUGACUCGGGAAGAAUUGUCACCGAAGGCUGCCCGCUCUACUCCUCCGCGUCAGAGGAUCCCUGGAGCCACUCCCUGUUCUCCCUGAUCCACUCCUUCGCUGGCGCUGGGAGGACUAGGAGCAGGAGGAGCUCCGUGGUGCAGCAGAGCAGUAGUUUGGUGAAAUCAUCAAUGUUUGGACUCACGUUCCACAAAUGUGCACAGGUGGAGGCCGGCCAGGAGUUUCCUAGGGUCACCGUCCACCUGCAGGUCAACAAUACGGGCUCUCCUGGGGCUCACCUUACACAGCUAAGCAUCCGGGAUAAAGUACUGGGCUUGACGCUCUUGGAGAAUUGUGGGAAGGUGGUAGAGAGCGGCUUCCUCACCUUCACACUUGACUCCCUGCCAGCCGGAUCGCUUUACGCCGUGAAGUACACCGCCAUCGUCCAGGGCCGCGGCGAUGCGACCCUGGAGCUUCCGGCCUACCUCACCUUUACCAACGCAUCGCAGAACGAUGUCAAUUUGUUUGGUCCUCUGGUGUCAAGUCUUACGCUGAAGAUCAAUUCCACCGAAAAGAUCUACCCGAAUCACGGCGUGCAUUUCGCUGGCUUUAUGGCGGCCUUCGUACCGGUGCUGUCGCUUGGCCUCCUCCUCUUCCGCAAGAUGGGCACCGCUGACGGAAGAAACCCUCUUCAGCAAAGGAAAAGCAGGAAUGUUGCGAAUGGAGACGCGGACCCCGAGUAUGCAGUGUGCGACAUCGGCGAGAUGGCUAAAGAGGAGGCUGCCUUCGAGGACAAGAUGGUGGACAUCAUGGUGCUGGAGGACCCACAGAACAUGCAUCAAGCUCUGGACAAUCUGGACAUGUCGAACCUUCUGCGUGCGGCAGCCAGCUUGGAGAGUGUCCGCGUGCAGAUCCACAAGGACCUGGUGGCAGCGCUGCUGCGUGGGCCUCGUCUGCAUGGGCUCUUGUCUGUGCAGGCUGAGCGCAGGCUGCUUGGCGUGUUGCACGGGCAGCUCAUGGGCAUGGAAGGCAAGCUGAAGGAGGAGCAUGUGGCACGAGUGACCACCCUGGCGGCCCGGUGCAACCUGGAAACACGCGAGGAGAUGGAGGCGGAGCACCGACGUGAAGCAGCCCAGAAGGCCAAGGCUGAGCGCCUCUUCCAACAGGCUUCUCAGCAGGCAGUGCUGGAGUGCAGCGUGCUCCUUGACAAGCUGCACAAGCUGGACCAGAACCGCCUGCAGCGUGAUCUCCUGGCCCGACACGAAGAAGCCUCGGCACAAGUGCAGCGGCGGGUGGUGGUGCAGCGGCGGGCAGAGCUGCACAAGAUCUUCGCCGAGGAGCUGGAAGAGGCUGUCCGUAUGGGGGAGAUGGAGAGGGCUGUGGCCAGUGGCCUGCUGCACGCAUACUUUACCUGCCAGGACCAGCUGGAGGAAGUCCUGGAUGCCUUCCUGGGCAGUCAGAGGAGCGUUCUGGCUGAGCGCCAUGCUCAGCGGCAGUUUCUUGUGCACAGUCUUCAGAGCCUCAAGGGUUUGAUGCUCGAUGUCUUUUCCAAAACAUCUGCCAGAAUGGAUAGCUGGUUCCAGGAGCUCAGGAGGGAGGCCGGUGCGGAGGAGGAUCAGGUGGAGCCGGUGCUGGACAAAGCCCAGAAGGAGCUGCUGCUGGCGAGACAGGGCCUGGAGGAGGCGCUGACGCGGGAGAGGAAUGCAAUGCACUCCCAUCUGGUCAAGAGGAGGAGGAGCCUCAUUGCUAACAAACUGCAGGAGCACAAGCAGCAGCAGAAGGAACUGUCAGCAGUGGCGCGGGCCUGGGACGGAGGUGCCCAUCUGGGCUCGUACCUGCAGCGCUGGCGCGGCCUCCUCAUCUCGCAGUGUCUGGAACUGGGCGAGCUCAUCAACAACCUGGACGAGGAAGCGGCGGCAGACAUCCGCAAGGUGACGAUGCGUGUGAUCCACGGUGCCGUAGCGGAGGUGAAGGCCAUCCUGCCGGCGGCAGCAGCAGCCCUGCUCGGCCCAGUGGCGUCGCGCUUCCUGCCGCAGCGGGAGCCGGUGGGCGGAGCCCUGGCGGAGGCCCAGGAACGGCUGCACAGGGAGGGCAAGGCGGCACAGCACACGCUGCGGGCCACCCGUGACGGGCUGCAGCGCCUCCUGGAGCAGGAGCUGUACGAGCAGCAGACCCUCCGAGGGCGCGCCAGGGACUUCUUCGGGAGCCUGUGCACCUCCCAGCUCACCUUGUCUGAGGAGGAGCUCCUGCGCUUGAAGCUGGCAUUCCAGAGCUGCCUGUCCCGGAUGGACCGCUGCCUGGUGCUGCCCCGUGCCCAGUCCCGCUGCCGGCUGCAGGCUGCCCUGUCCCAGUGGAGGAAGGAGCAGCUGGAGAGAGAGCAGAAUGUAGAGAAGAGACCCCCGCCUGGUGGUGGCCCUGCUGACGGCACGGCGGAGCCGGAUCCGGACCCCUCGCCCAUUCUGGCCUUCCGAACUCAAGUGGAGGCGCAGAUCCGACUGUACGAGCAGGAGAAGGAGACGGAGAGCACGGCCGCGAAGAAGGUCCUCGAGGAGUUGCGUCUGGAGCGGGAGGAGGAGCUGCAGGCACAGGAGGAGAGCCUGGCGGUGCAGGCAGCUGCGUUGCACUUCCAUCGGGCGGAGAAGUGGGCCAGAGCCCUGGAGACACACGGAGCCCUGCUGAGCCUGCAGGCCCUGCUGGUGGAUGAGCUGUGCUGCAACGGGAUGCUGGGAGCACCUGGACUUGCCCAGAUCAUCCACGGCCACUGCCAGGGUCUGGAAAGUGCCGAGCUGCUCUUGCAGCGGGAGAGAGAAGAGUGGGAGACCCUGGUGAGGGGUCAUGCAGGCUCCGGAGCUCCUGCAGCUUCCGACUACGACGGAAAUAAGGGCAAGGAGGUGGAAGAGGACGCGAUGUUCCAUGUGGAUCAGGACUGCAGGAUUACCGGCGCCCUGCAGGGGGCACUGCGCAAGUGCGAGCAGGUCACCAGGGUCAUCGCCAAGAGGCUGCGUGACGAGGAUGAGAGAAGCCAGGUGAUGGAGGACCUGAGGGAGCAGCUCGAACUCAAGGGGCUUUACACUCACUUGGACCAGGAGCUGGAGUUUGCGGCAGCUCUGGCCAAGCAGAGCCAAGCGUCGGCCGGCACCAUCGGGGAAACCCUGCGGCUGCUCCUGCCCACGUCCUCCGAAGCGGACGUGCUCUCGCUGGUGGACACGCUGUGUCCACGACAGGCUGCGGCAGCAGCCGACGGAGACAAAGGGUGGGGAGAUGGAACAAGAGUGUCACUUGUGGCCAAGCUAAGGGAAGACAUUGUCCGCAGCAACGUUGUAACCUCCUCCGCCCGGGCCGAGGAGAAGGAGCGGGCACUGAAGAAAAGACGCAGCCUUCUGGAAAAGCUGUUCCCCGUUUCAGAGACGUCCAGAAAGAGGCGUUCGGUCUUGGAAGGAGAGGGACACGUACAGGAGGCCGCCAGACCAGCAGCAGCACGUCUCGACCCUCUCCUUGGUUGUGGCCCUUGGGAGAGCAGCGAACAGGGAGCUGGCCAAGAGCGAGAGCCAGCUGCUCCGUGGGACAGGAGCGCCGAGGCACGGGGCGCCCUCCACCCCGGGGAGAAGGUGUUCAUCUUCCGUUCCCGGAUGGAACCGUCAACCGCGUCUGACGGGGAACAAGCGAGGAGACGCCGGAAGAAGAAGAACUUCCUCAAUUUCAAGAGGGCGGCUGUGGUUCCCCAACAGUAGCUGUGAUGAAUGCGAGCGAGGGAGUUCUCCACCUGUUCACCUGCACCCUGCUUUACCCCCGUUUUGAAAAAGUGUGGGAUCUUUAAGUUAUAUCGGACCCUUUGGCGUUAAGAAAUUAUGCAUGGUCGUUCUGAAAGAGCACGGUAUUGUAUUUGCAGUAGUGGUUUUUGCUUUUUUGUAGUUUUAGAAACGACACUGAGAAUCCUCAGCCUUUGUGGAUCUCUUCUGAAGGUCCAAUCACACAGUCUGUGUUUAACAAUCAAUGCCCUAGAGACUGUGAAAACAGUGUUUUUAAAGCACAUUGAUUAAUUACAUACUGUAUGUCAGUGCUGUCUCUGGGGGAUCCGUUUUAAAGUCAGCAAAUGUGUUGGAAUAUAUUCACACAUACACAGGUGUGUGUGUGUGUGUGUGUGUGUGAGAGAGAGAGGGAGGGAACUGUAUUUAAUACAUCGCUAUGUUUAAAGGGUGAACUCAAGUUCGAGGAGUAUAACCUUAAAAACCUUUUAGAGCUGCUGAUGUGCAGAACCCACGGGUGGGUGAGGAGAUGGGGGGACAAAAUGUUAGAACAUCUGUAGCAGUUUUAGACAAGUUGAACAGCUGUAAAACCAUGGAUGUCUCCCAAGAGACCUAAGGUUGAAGAGACUAAAGUGGUGCGUGCCGAGGGCUGUCGGUCGUCUUUCCGGACCAGUCACUGUGGGCUCCACCGAAGAACUGCAAGCCCAAAAAACAGUUUUUGGUAACAGUGUUCAUGCUCUAUAUACAGUUGAAAUGCUUUGUAUUUCAUGCUUUUUUUUUUUAUUUGUUCCAGUUUUUCUUAAAGGUGUUUAGUGUUCAUAUGAAUACGCACUGUUCCAGUGCUCUACAUGUAUGGCUCCCAAUCAGUGUACUUUACUGUGUUCAAACACACGGUGGGCCAUUAAGUGGAUCGGUGUGUCUCAGUGACCAAAAAAUUUGGUUCAUUUGGUUCAUUUGUCAUUCAACUUUGGUUCAUUCUUUUGUACACAAUAUAUUUAUAGAAAGUUUAAACAAACCAUUGUGCUAGCAGCAAACAUAACAUUGCAUGCUGGUAAAAGGCAGCGUAUGUGGGGAAUUUAGAAGCUGUAUGUGCCUGUGGCAGUGUAAUGUGUUGGCCACAGACAGCAUCUUGCAAGGUAAGAAGAAUCUUGAAAUACCUUCACUUAUCAUUACCAACCCGUGGCCUUCUCCCGACUACCCUCGCAAUGAUCAUCAGGAAGGCUGAAGACCACGUGCCUGAGAAUGGACAUUCCGUCCAAGUGCGUUAAGAUGUCCCUCCGACAGCAGGGAUCUUUUAUACGUACCGGGCCGACGCGUGGUUUUCAGUGCAGGAGUGAGCUGUCGAGAAGUGGGGCUCCAAAAAGGAGCUCCAUAUGGUGACGUGCGAGACCAUGCCCUUUCGAACACCACCUGGAAAGGGUUUCCAGCAGAUGAGCAUCUGUGAAUACUGCCCAUAACAUGGUUUUCUGCUGUGUCUCUGCCAUUUCCCUGAACAGUUAUCUUUUCAUUUAUUUUUCUUGAACUCAAGUAUGUAACCAAAGUUCUGUAUCGUGCUGGAUUUAGGUGAUGUCUGAAAGACCUGGUUCAGUCCACAGUAGAACCAGGGCCCCUGCUGGUGGACAAGUGACUUUCAGUGGCUGUUGGCAACGCAGGCAGGAUGGCGGGGUGAACAGUGUUCAUUAUGUCUAGCAAAGUUAUGAAAAGGAGCUUAAUUGUGGGAACGGGUUCCUCCGUUUUAGACUUUUAGACCACACAACAGACGCAACAGCCUGGUACUUCUCAGCUUCAACAGCAGAAUAGAUGUUCUUCAAAUAAAUGCACCGUUUCAAGCACCAAGUCUAAUAUCAGGACAUCAUCACCCUUCUGCUCCUUUCAGCCUGAUUCAGACAAGGAAGAAGCAGUCCAUUUGGUGCUGGUGCUGAGCUCCCCAAAUCCAGAGAGGCCCGGUUCACCUGGCUCUAGGCAGAGGAGUCUGACCUGCUCCGUUACUGCCGUAUAUCGCUUUCGGACUCCGAAAAAGCAUCCCGCUUCAGUCUGCUCCUCUUCUGACUUGCAAAGGGAAGAAAUAGUUUUUACACAGAAUGACCUUCUUUCAAAGCAGGAGAAGAAAAUAACCAUGGGCAGGAAUGGAUGCUGGCAGACAGCAAGCUUGCGUGUGUCCAGCCACCCCUCGGCGCUCAGUGCAGGCGUGCCCGUUAACGGGAGCCCCAUGGAGCACGUCCGCUUUAAUGUUCACGCAUGAAUCUUAAACUGAGCGGUCAAGGAGUUUCUCUCCUGCCCUCCGGCCGCUUCCAGGGCUCGAUCAGCCAGCCUCUUUUCAGCGUGGCAAAUCAGUGCUGACACGUUAAACACAUCCACGUGGAACAUUGAAAAUAACCGCCCCCCCCCCCCCC